AUGUCUGAAGAACAAAUCCACGCCUCCUUCGUGGAGGAGUGUAUGAAAACCAGGAAGAAAGCAGAACAAUAUCUUGAGUUUCGCAAUGCCCUCUCACCUGACAAUCCCAAGUCCCGCUUCCCGGGAUUUUAUCAGCGUGUUACUGUGUUCAAAAAGGGACAGCAAGUAAAGCCAGGCGCUAGGCCAUUACCGAUUGAUAUCGUCAUGCACGAGAGCGUGCCGAUGAUCCUGUCAGAUGGAAUCAAAAUCUAUUGUGACAUUUUUCUUCCUGUCAGCCUUCCACGGGAUCUAAGGCAGCAGGUCGACGAAAGAGAUAGGGUGCCGGCAUUGGUUGCGUGGAGUCCGUAUGGAAAGCAAAUGGGCACAACACUUUUGGAUGAUUUUCCAUUCCGUGCAGGUGUCCCAAAGGAGUGGCUGUCUGGACUUGAAAAAUGGGAAGGUCCCGAUCCUGCAUUUUGGUGCGCCGAGGGUUACGCUGUGAUCAAUGUUGACACUCGGGGCGCAUUCACUUCGGAGGGUAAACUCCUCAUUUUUGGACACCAGGAAGCUCAAGAUGGCGCAGAGUUCAUCACUUGGGUAUCCGAACAAGCCUGGUGCAACAGCAAAGUGGCGUUGACUGGAAACAGUUGGCUGGCUAUUGCUCAGUGGAAGAUAGGCAGUCUCAGGCCUAAAGGGCUAGCUGCACUUGCGCCAUGGGAAGGUCUUCAGGAUACAUAUCGCGACAAUUUAUGCGAAGGAGGUAUUCCAUCGUCAAACUUCCACGACACGAUCCUCCGCUGCGUGGACUUCGAGCCGCGUAGCGAGAUAUUCGGUUCCCUCGAUAUCAUUAACACUAACCUGAUUUUAGAGCCUUUCGCAAGCUAUAGCGAGCUUGAAGAUCUAAGUACUACGCUGAAAAAGACAGGCGGCCUCUGGAACGCCUAUUGGGAAGACAAAAAGUCCAAACCGGAUCAGAUCAACGUACCAACAUAUGUCGUUGCUUCCUGGACCAACCCAGUCCAUACACCUGGAACUUUCCGAGCUUUCAGAAUGAUUCCGGAUAGUACUCCCAAGUGGCUUCGGGUGAACAACUCACAAGAAUGGCCAGAUUACUACGCAGAUUCGAGUUGUCGUGAUCUGAAGAGGUUUUUCGACCACUAUUUGAAAGGACAUACGGAAAACAGCUGGCUAUCAACGCCUAAAAUCCGCUUAAGCAUUCUGAAUCUUGGCCUGUUCGGACUUGAAGACACCGUGAACAGAGCCGAAAUGGAGUGGCCAUUGGCUCGAACUCGGUAUGAAAAGCUUUAUCUGUCUCCCAACGGUGAAAUGGGUUCUUUCACACAGCAGCAGGGGCCAUCAUCGACGAGUUACGACUCAGCGAGUGGAAAGGUGAUCUUCCGUUAUGUCGUUCCCGAGGAAAUGGAAACAACUGGAUAUUUCCUAGCCCGACUCGUUGUGUCGUGCCCCUCUCACUCUGACAUGGAUUUGUUUAUUCAAGUGUGUUGCCUUGAUGAAAAGUCUCUCUACAGACGAGGAGUCAUGACUAUUCGACCUGGUAACAUGCUCGUUCUAGCAUUGCUCAAGUUGCUUCACGAUUGGCAUUUCGGGCUUUCAAAGAUGGGCAUGCUUUUCCACUGGGGGCCCGCUGGCCAACUGAGAGUCAGUCAUUCAAGCCAAAAGAGCAAAUCCUCAACAUCAUUCGAGCCGAUGUAUGAGCACAAAGAGGCAAUACCUCUAGCCAAGGGAGAGAAGCGUCUGGUUGAAAUUCCUCUGCGACCGUAUGGAGUAUUCUGGAAGGAAACCCGGUAA